CUGCGCCUGCGCGCGGCGCCGAGGGGACGGGGUCGGACAGAGAAAUGGCGGCCUCUAUGAUCUACAGCCGUCUGCUGGCCACUAGCACCCUUCGGAGCCAUCAGCCCCGGACGGUGCUGCGGGCGGCCGCUCAGGAUAUCCUGCCAACUACACCAGCUGUCGCGAGCAGCCUAAGUGAAGGACUCACUCGGAGAGCGUGUCGGGGUUCAAGUUCUGGGAAGUUCUGGACUGUUUAAUAACCAUGGAUUCCAAAUACAGCAGCAGCAGCAAAGAAAUCUCUCACUACAUGAAUACUUGAGUAUGGAUUUGUUGCAAGAAGCUGGUGUCUCCGUUCCUAAAGGACAAGUAGCUAAGUCACCAGAUGAAGCUUAUGCAAUUGCCAAAAAAUUAGGUUCCAAAGAUGUUGUGGUAAAGGCACAGGUAUUAGCUGGUGGUAGAGGAAAAGGAACAUUUGAAAGUGGCCUCAAAGGAGGAGUGAAGAUAGUUUUCUCUCCAGAAGAAGCAAAAGCUGUUUCAUCACAAAUGAUUGGGAAAAAGUUAUUUACCAAGCAAACAGGAGAAAAGGGCAGAAUAUGUAAUCAAGUAUUAGUUUGUGAGCGAAAAUAUCCCCGGAGAGAAUACUACUUUGCAAUAACAAUGGAAAGGUCAUUUCAGGGUCCUGUUUUAAUAGGAAGCUCUCAAGGUGGUGUCAAUAUUGAAGACGUUGCUGCUGAAAAUCCAGAGGCCAUAGUUAAAGAGCCUAUUGACAUUGGAGAAGGUAUCAAAAAAGAACAAGCUGUCCGGCUUGCACAGAAAAUGGGAUUUCCAUCUAGUAUUGUGGAUUCUGCAGCAGAAAACAUGAUUAAGCUUUAUAACCUUUUUCUGAAGUAUGAUGCCACUAUGGUAGAAAUAAACCCAAUGGUAGAGGAUUCAGAUGGAACUGUGUUAUGCAUGGAUGCAAAGAUCAAUUUUGAUUCUAAUUCAGCUUUUCGCCAGAAAAAAAUUUUUGACCUCCAAGACUGGACCCAGGAAGAUGAAAGGGACAAAGAUGCCGCUAAAGCAGAUCUCAACUACAUUGGGCUAGAUGGAAAUAUAGGCUGCCUAGUAAAUGGUGCUGGUUUGGCUAUGGCCACAAUGGAUAUAAUAAAACUUCAUGGAGGCACUCCAGCCAACUUUCUUGAUGUUGGUGGUGGUGCCACAGUUCAUCAAGUAACAGAAGCAUUUAAGCUAAUAACUUCAGAUAAAAAGGUACUAUCUAUUUUGGUCAACAUUUUUGGAGGAAUCAUGCGGUGUGAUGUUAUUGCACAGGGCAUAGUCAUGGCAGUAAAGGAUUUGGACAUUAAAAUACCUAUUGUGGUACGGUUACAAGGUACACGAGUUGAUGAUGCUAAGGCACUUAUAGCAGACAGUGGACUCAAAAUUCUUGCUUGCGAUGACUUGGAUGAAGCUGCUAAAAUGGUUGUAAAACUCUCUGAAAUAGUGACAUUGGCUAAGCAAGCCCAUGUGGAUGUGAAAUUUCAGCUGCCAAUCUGAUCGGGGAGCCCAGUGGAUGGUUGAUGGUGUUAAAUGAACUAUCCUCAUUAAAAUACUGUGUUCUAUAAUAUUAUUAUUCCUUUUUAGUGUGUGAAGAUUAUAAUUGUAUCUAGGCACAAACACUUUUAAAGCAUUUGGCCUGCAUUUGAUUCUACUGUUCUGAAUGGGCUGUUUGUAUAAAGGAUAUAUAAUGUAGUUAAUUUCUUUUGUUGUAGCAUUUUUCUCUUCUACAGCCUGUCACUUGCAAUAUGCCAGUUUUUUAUUGGAGAUAGCAUUCUUCACUGAUUAGUCCUAUGAAUAAAAUAAAUGCAAAGAUAAAGCUUUAUUCUUUUGUUGAGAUAUAUAUCUAACAACUAGCCUUACUAGUAGGGCUAUAUAUUUAAAUGUUUUAUAUAAGUGCUUAUCCUCAACAUCAUAUGCCUAGUUAAAUUUAUCAAUCAUUAUAAACAGAGCUUUCAAACACUCCCCAGAAUAUCCUUGUAAGUAUGUCAAUGAAUAUCAUGUUAAUUAUUUGAACUUUGUUUUAAUCAUUACAGAACACUGACAGUUGAAAAUCUUCAUGCUCCUGUGGUAUUAAGAAGAACCUGUAGGUCUAUAUCAAAUAAAAGUAUAUUUACAAGAGACUUAGCAGACAAAUAUCAAAUGUCAAUUUAAGUUAAUAAAAAUAUCUGAAUAUGA